UUUUUAAAGACACAUGCUGACAACCUGGCUUCCACACGUGUCCUUAUCUCCGGGUACUGGAAAAAUUAGGCGAGCAUAUGGCCACUUCGCUCGCGUCCCAGAGCAGUCGCUGGAUCUGGAGGGCCGGGAGGAGGAGCCUUUUUGCAAGGCAGAGUUCCCUUCCUUUUCUCUCUGCGGAGGUGCUGAGCGCCUGCUCUCACUCAGCACUCCCGAGCUCCAGCUGCAGGCUGCCUCCAAACAGACGCGGAUUAGCCGCAGCCUUCCGGUGGGGUGCCCUCCAGGAAAGCCGGGGCCAUGGGCCAGCUUUGCUGCUUCCCCUUCGCCAGAGACGAGGGCAAAAUCUGUGAGUUGGGAAGCCCAUCCUCCGCAGUCCUCCAGAGAUACAGCGAGGAUAGACCCAACGGGCCAAGUGGUGAGAAGGACCGUGGGGAGCCUGAGGAUGCUGAACUGGUCAGGCUCAGUAAGAGGCUGGUGGAGAACGCCGUGCUCAAGGCUGUCCAGCAGUAUUUGGAAGAAACGCAGAACAAAAAGCAGCUGGGGGAGGGGAACUCCACCAAAGCUGAAGAGGCCAAUCAGAAUGGCAAAGGCAGUGAUAAUAACAGGAAAUGAGAGUGGAAUCUGUUCCCGCUGCUCUGUGAAAAGCAUCCCUGCCCCUCUGCUAGGUCGCAGACUGACUUACGAUGUGCUAUCUAAGUGUCUUGUUCAAGCCCCGGAGAUCGCCUAACUCGUUUAUGAUUGAUGCGUUGGCCUUGCUGCGACACAACAGAAGAGAAUGGGGCGCUGGGGCCGGCAGGAGAAAUUAAUUCACAGAAGAGCAAUCCCAAGUUCAUGUAUCAUCAAGCGUGCACAAGGGAGAGUGGGCACUUUGGGAAGGCGUGCCAGGCUGAGGGAGAGGACUGGCCACCGCUGGAAUACUGCCGUUUGUUUACAUCGCUUAGAACAUUUGACUACUUCAUCAGAGGCCAAAACUUGCACACAGCUGUCCAGUACUGAGUUCAGUUUGUCGCUGUUGAGACGAUCAUGAGUGUACUGAAUUCACAAUGUUUUACGUUUGUCCGCAGUGUGUUGUUACCAUGCCAUGAUCUUUAUUUACAGUAAAUUAAGUUUCACGUAAAUUAUAUAUUUUUGGCAAAAUGCAACCUUUUCUAUGAAACGUGGGUAACAUUUUAAAGGUUUUUUCAGCCUUAUUUUGAUAACUCAGUGUGCCAUAUUUGUAUUUCAUUGACAUUUGUACUUUAAAUGUGUUAUAUAAUCUUUUCCCCGUAGGCAAGAAGCCAGUUGGGAUCCAAGACUUAAUCAAUGAAGCUUUGCAGCGAGAAAGGAUGGAGCUGAAGUCCAAAGUGAAACAGAUCAAGGAACUUUUGCUAAAGCCUGAGACUCAGGCCAUGAUUAGGAAGGAGCUUUUUGAAGGAAGAGUUCUUAAUGACGGUAAUCACACAAGCGAUGCUGAUUCCAGCAUGACUUUGCUGUAGCGCUCUGCUGCGGUUCUGGCCGUGGAAAGUUUCUGACUCUCAGCCCAGUCCAUAGAUAGCCCUUUGGUAAAUAACCAAAGUGUUCUUACAGUGUCUACACAACCCACGAACCAACAUUUGGUAAGGAAUUAAUAACUUCUUGCCAAAGAAAACAUAUUUUUGCCUUAUCAUCAUCAUCAGCUAAAGUUGAGUUUUCGAAUGUUUGUUUGGGUGUUGUUGACUCAUUUUAUAGAAAUAACUUCUUAAUUGGCUGUUGUGAGAUGUUCCAUGGGUCCUCGCAGAUAAAAAACAAAAAACGUUGACUAUGAAAGAUCCUUUAUGGUCAAAACCAAAAUGAAACCAACAACAGUAUUCUAAGGGUCGCCUGCCUCCUGUUGAUAUGGCCCUUUUCUUACUAGCCUUGUCCUGGCCUGUCCAGUCUCACAUCACGUUCGAUGACAAUUUGAAUGCUUAUUGAGUAUCAGUACUUGAAUGAACAUUUGUAAAUGUAAUCAUUGCAGUCACUGGUUAAGAAUGUUUUUUUUUUUUAUAAUAUCCACAUGUAUUAUUUUUCACUGAUGAAAAUGUAGUUUGCAUUUUCAUUUCUUAGUUAGCAAAUGUUCAGUGUUUUUAUUUUCUCCUUCUGUGAAGAUGAGCCCUGAGUCUCACGGCGGUCUUCACAGUUUGUAUAGUUUGCACUGGUUCAUUUUCAAAAGAGCAUUCUUAAAAUGUUUCUCCCCAUGUGAUGUUUAUUUGUAACAGCUUUUUCAGUCAUCAUUUAAAAAUUGCUGCUACUAAUAGAGGAUGGGGGAAGGAAAUGAUUAGAGAUCAAAUGUGUAAGCAUCUCACUUAUACAAUACAGUUUGCUCAUGGACUUUUGGCUAUUUUUUCCACUGGGUAAAUGAUACUACAUUGAUUCAUAAUGUAAUACUUUAUGAGUUCCUGCAUUUUCAUGCCUCUUAAUAAAUGUACUGCUUCCCCUGUU